CCACGAAAGCUGAGCCUAGUGGGAAAAGGCUUGACUCCGCCUCGCUUCGAGUGAACCAGCCAAUCCACUCUCGCCUCCCACAUGAAACUUCUCCCAGGACCAACGUACAGGUCAACACAACCUCCAUGAGCAAGCGCAAGACAGAAACCAUGCCCGGCGAGACCGCAAAGCGCCAAAAGCGCGAUGAGUACAAGAAGACCUUGACUGAAAACGACGCGGCGCUGCCGAAGAAGAGAUUCUACCGGCAACGCGCGCACGCCAACCCGUUCUCGGACCACUCUCUAGCAUAUCCCAAAAGUCCUGCUGAUAUGGAUUGGGCGAGCUUGUACCCCACACAUGCAGUCGAGGAGAAAGAGCAACCAAACUCCAGAUCACAGAGUAAUGACGAAAGAGAGAAGGACACAUCAAUCAGAGCACUCACAAAGAACGUCGAGAUUGCCGAUAUCGGUUGCGGCUUUGGAGGCUUGACAUUCGCACUCGCACCGAAAUUUCCAGAUACGUUGAUACUUGGGCUAGAGAUCAGGACCUCGGUCACAGAGUACGUACAGGAUAAGGUGCGCGCUCUUCGUGUGCAGAACGCCGCAACUGGCGCCUAUCAGAAUGCGUCUUGCAUCCGCGCAAACACGAUGAAGUUCCUCCCCAACUUCUUCCAAAAAGCGCAGCUUUCCAAGAUCUUCCUUUGCUUCCCAGAUCCGCACUUCAAGCAGCGCAAGCACAAAGCCCGUAUCGUAUCGUACACGCUGAACUCCGAGUAUGCUUACGUGCUCCAACCGGGGGCGAUUGUGUACACUAUCACCGACGUGCAGGAUCUGCAUGAGUGGAUGAAGGGCCAUUUUGAGAAGCAUCCCAGCUUUGAGAGAGUCAACAGAGUCUUUGAGGAAGGCGAGGGCGAGGACGGAGAGGGCAUGGAUGAGUGUGUUCGGCUGAUGAGGAAUGAGACAGAAGAAGGGAAGAAGGUCACGAGAAACAACGGCGUCAAGUAUGUGGCCUGUUUCAGGAGACUUGAAGAUCCAGCAUGGCCUUGAGCGGGGUGAUUUGAGCUCCAAGGGGGGGAAAUACUUGUCCACCAGGUCUGUGUAUUUGAUCGCUGGAUACUAGCGGACUCCAGUGUAUAGAAACAUAUGAUCGAGAGAGACCUUGUGAGCAAAUCAGAUCAUGUCUAAAGUCGUCGAAUCUGAUUGGCCGAGGUGCUUUCACAUACCUAUUGUGUUUAGGCAAGAUGAUCCAUGUAAUUUGUGGAGAAAUUCAGAAGGCAGUUUUGAGCAAGAAAUUGGCUGAAGACAAAGACUAUCCGUCCGUAGAUAAUG